AUGGGCAUGAAGGAAAAAGGCAAUUUGAAUUUCACUGAAAACUUCGCACUUAGUGGCCUUGCUGCUGUUAUCUCAAAAACAGCAGCUGCACCUAUUGAACAUGUAAAGCUACUCGUACAAAAUCAAGGUGAAUUGCUUAAACAAGGUAUAAUCAGUCGUCCAUAUAAUGGUGUUAUUGAUUGUGCUGUACAAACAUUCAAAAAUGAAGGCCUAUUUCUAUUUUGA